UCCAGAACUGGAAGCAGGGCACAUGUUCUAGCUCAUACUCCUUCUGGCUUCACUUGCUCUCAAGUGAGUGACAAGGAAAGUUGUCUGGAAUUUGAUAGUGACGGAGACUGUGGUGGACUCUGGCAGCUUGAUUAUAAGUAAGUGGCUUUUGCAUACUGUAAUUGGGUAAUUUUGAGCCCCAGUGCAUCUGUCCCCUGCUCCAUCUAUUUGCCUUCUCUAACAGCCUUUUUCUCCUUCCCCUUAGUGAAGACCAGAUACCCCUGACUGCAGGAAUGUGCUCGCUCCCCAUGGCAAGAUAUUACAUAAUCAGAGAUGCUGACCAGAAGGUUGUGUACAUAAGAGAUAACCGGCUCCUGGUGGGAGAUCCUGAUGUAGACAACUGCAAUGCAGAGAAGAUCUGCAUACUUCCUAACAGAGGUCUGGAUCGCACCAAAGUCCCUAUCUUCCUAGGAAUCCAGGGAGGGAAUCGCUGCCUGGCAUGUGUGGAGACCCGAGAGGGACCUUCCCUGCAGUUGGAGGAUGUGAACAUUGAGGAUCUAUACAAGGGAGGCGAGCAGGCCACCCGAUUCACCUUCUUCCAGAGCAGCUUGGGCUCUGCCUUCAGGCUCGAGGCUGCUGCCUGCCCUGGCUGGUUCCUGUGUGGCCCAGAUGACCCCCAGCAGCCUGUACGGCUCUCCAAGCAGAGUGAGUCCUCAGCCCACACUCAGUUCUACUUCGAACAGAGUCAGUAAGGACAUAAGAGACUGUGCUUCCACCUGGUCCCCCAAACCAGCGCCUCUCUCUCAGGGUCAGUGGUAGGCAGAAUAGUCCGUCAAAGAUGUCAGCAUCCUAAUCCUUGGAAUCUGUGACUAUGUUACUUUACUUUGCAAAAGGGACUUGGAAAAUGUGAUAAAUUAAGUGUCCUGGGUUAUCCAGGGAGGCUCAAUGUAAUCACAAGUGUCCAUAAGAUAGAGGCAGGAUACAGAGAAGUUUGGGAGAUGCUUUGCUAUUAAGUUUGAGGAUGGAGAAAGGGACCAUGAGCCAACAAAUGCAAGUAGUUUCUAGAACCUGGAAAAUGCAAAUGAAUAGAGCUUCCUCUAGAACCUCCCCAGGAGUACAGCUUUCCAUUACAGACUUCUAACCUCCAGAUUGGUAAAAUAAU